UCGUGGCGCCAGGAGAAAACCCGUUUCUACUUUUGUCACUACAUGCCGGAAAAAUUAGGAUACGCUACCCUUUUCCCACCCUUCGUUCCCGAUUCCCCCAUCAACUCUCCACCCAAAUUCACCGGAAGUUUCGCCCUGUUAGCCUCCAAUGCUCAGCGCCGCAGCCACCUCCGCCGCUGCAUCGUCUAUUCCGGCUUCCGUACUCUGCUGUACAGCUCAAUCCACCUCAAGAAGAACGAUUAAACGCCCCCACAACAAUUGUCGUGCUGUUGCUGGAAACUUUGGGCAUUUCGUACAAGUUGUAAAGAAAGAUGUCGAUUUUCUCAAGAAGAAUAUCGGUGCAGGGAUCAAUUGGACGAGCGAAGCUCUUGGUUUACCGGAGAUUUCGAAAAAGGUAGAUGAGUUUGUUUGGCUACGGAACCUCGAAGAUCCCCACUAUUCUGGUGAAUUUCAGUCUCCUUCUUGGCCUCAGCCUUAUUAUCCAGAACUCUCUACCACAGAUCUCAUCAUGGCUGACCUUAAAGCCAUGGAAACAUACAUAAUCUAUUAUUACCAUCUCUCUAAAAUGUGGACAAAACCACUUCCAGAAGCUUACAAUGCACAAGAAGCUGAUACCUAUUUCAAAUGCAGACCUCAUAUAGUAGCCCUUCGACUUAUUGAAGUUUUUAGCUCCUUUGCUUCAGCUGCAAUCAGAAUCAGGAUAUCAGGAAUUAUAAGGUCAAAAACGUCAAAUACAGACUCUGAAACCGAAGAAUACAAUUCACAAUACAAAUUCGGAAUGGUGUUAAAAGAAACAAUGUUAAACUUAGGUCCCACUUUUAUCAAAGUUGGUCAAUCCCUUUCCACAAGGCCAGAUAUCAUUGGCUUUCAAAUAACAAAGGCUUUAAGUGAGCUCCAUGAUCAAAUCCCUCCAUUUCCCCGAACUUUAGCCAUGCAAAUCAUAGAGGAAGAGCUCGGAUCCCCUGUGGACACCUUCUUCAGUUACAUCUCUGAGGAAGCAAUAGCUGCAGCAUCAUUUGGUCAAGUCUACAGAGCAACUACAGUAGAUGGAGUUGAUGUUGCUGUGAAAAUACAACGCCCUAAUUUGAAACAUGUUGUGUUUCGUGAUGUUUAUAUUAUGAGAGUUGGGUUGGAUAUUUUGCAACAAGUGACUAAAAGGAAAAGUGAUUUACGCCUUUAUGCUGAUGAGUUAGGAAAAGGAUUAGUAGGGGAAUUGGAUUACACUUUAGAAGCUGCAAAUGCUAAAGAAUUUAUGGAAGCUCAUUCACCAUUUUCGUAUAUUCGUGUUCCAAAAGUGUUUGACCAUUUGACUAAAAAGAGGGUGUUGACUAUGGAGUGGAUGAGUGGUGAAAAUCCAAAAGAAUUAUUAUCAAUGUGUAACACCAAUUUUGAACAAGAAUUGCAAUAUUCAGAGAAACAGAGGAUUGAUGCUAAAAGACAUCUUUUUGAUCUGGUUAACAAAGGAGUUGAAGCAUGUUUAGUUCAACUCCUUGAAACUGGAUUAUUACAUGCGGAUCCACACCCUGGAAAUAUGCUCUAUUUACCAUCUGGACAAAUAGGGUUUCUUGAUUUUGGAUUAAUCUGUCGAAUGGAAAAGAAGCAUAAGUUUGCAAUGCUUGGAGCGAUUAUUCACAUAGUAAAUGCUGACUGGGCAUCCCUUGUGGGGUCCCUUGCUGACAUGGACAUCGUAAGGCCGGGAACCAAUGUUUCACGAAUUACCAUGGAUCUGGAAUAUGCGAUGGGGGAGAUGGAAUUCAAGGAUGGAAUCCCUGAUAUCAGAUUUAGUAAGGUGCUUGGUAAAGUGUUUGCUAUAGCUGUGAAAUAUCAUCUUCGCAUGCCACCUUAUUUUACUCUUCUCCUACGUUCUAUUGCUUCCUUUGAAGGAUUAGCAAUGGCUGGAGAUCCAAAUUUCAAGACAUUUGAAAGUUCAUAUCCGUAUGUUGUUCGUAAGCUUCUAACAGAUAACUCAUUUGAAACAAGGAAGAUUCUUCACUCGGUUGUGAUGAACAAAAGAAAACAACUUCAAUGGAAGAAGGUUGCUUUUUUCUUGAAAAUCGGGGCAACAAGCAAAGGAUUAUUAAAAAGUGGGACUUCUUCUUCUUCAGAAUCAGAUACAGUAAAUUUAGUCCUUAAACUUUUACUCUCAAAAGAUGGUGUUGUGGUGCGACGACUUGUCAUGACAGCUGAUGGAGCAUCAUUAAUCCGGGAUACAGUUUCCAAGGAAGCAAAACCUUUCAGAUAUCAACUCUGUAAAAUCAUAGCUGACGUGUUAUACCACUCAAUAUGCACAACAGCUUUUGCUAAAACAUUCAUGCCGAUGUCAGCCACGUGUAAUCCAAUUUACAGAUCAUCAUCGUCAUCUUCAAUGCCAGCUGUCGAUUACAAGACCCUAGUGGGAAAUCGACGGCUGAGAGUGAUUGUCCGGAAGGUUCUAGAAUCUGGGAGAAAAGAUCCGCUGUUAAUGCUUCGGUUGUGUUGGGUGAGUUUUGUGACACUUGUGGUAGCGUCGGCUUUGGCUUGUCAUAAGGUGGUUGUUUCUAUGUCUGAAGAAGAUUAUUUGGGUCGAUUGUCGUUCACUCCUAAGAAACUUGUGGCUUCUCCAAUCUCGAUUCCUGGACAGUAA